AGCAGGUGAUUUACUGCCUGUAACAAGCUUGGUGAUAGUUCUGUGAGAAAUAUGUAUUGACAGGAGGUGGGAGUUAAGUUACCUUAUUUGUCUUGCUGUCCUGUUCAGCUGUGCAUUCAUGCUUUUAAUCCUUCCUGCAGGCAACUGCUCCUGCAAGAUCCCUUGAAUCUGUAGGAAGGAGUCUCAGAGGCUACCGGGACUGGGCUGUAUGAAAACUCGCAGAGGAAAUGCCAGCUGGGAUUGCUCGAGGUCUGGAGGAAACUGGCUUAUCCUUACAGCAGGAGGAGGAGGAGGAAGAAGAUGUCAUUGAUGAGUUGGAAGAUCAUCCGUGUAUCAAGUGGACUGGUGGUGGCUGCAGGCGGAUCCCCAUCUUGGUGUUUCAUGCAGAAGCCAUUCUGACCAAUGACAGCUACCUCCGCCUAAUUGGAGAACGCUACCACUUGUCCUAUAAGAUUGUGCAAGCAGAUGGCCGUCUGGUUCGAAGCAUUCUGACUGCCCAUGGAUUCCAUGAGGCGCAACCUGGUAGCAGCGAUUACAAUCUCAUGUGGACAGGAUCACACUUGAAGACCUACUUGCUGCGUUCUCUUACAGAUAUUCAGAAAGUCAAUCACUUCCCUAGGUCAUAUGAACUGACACGGAAGGACAGACUGUACAAGAAUGUCAGUCGUAUGCAGCUGGCCCAUGGAUUCAAAACAUUCCAUAUCUUACCUCGGACCUUUAUCCUUCCAACAGAGUACCAGAACUUCUGCAGUACCUAUUCUAAGGACAGAGGUCCGUGGAUAGUGAAGCCUGUGGCCUCUUCCAGGGGUCGAGGUGUCUACCUCAUAAACAAUCCAAGCGAGAUUGUCCUGGAAGACAACAUCCUGGUUUCUCGUUAUAUCAGCAACCCCUUGCUCAUAGAUGAUUUCAAGUUUGAUGUGCGCCUCUAUGUUCUGGUUACAUCCUAUGAUCCACUUGUCAUCUAUCUCUAUGAGGAAGGAUUGGCCAGGUUUGCAACAGUGAGGUAUGACCAGGCAUCCAAGAACAUUAAAAACCAGUUCAUGCACCUGACCAAUUACAGUGUCAACAAGAAGAGUGGAGAUUAUGUCAGCUGUGAUGAUCCUGAGGUAGAGGAUUAUGGAAGCAAGUGGAGCAUGAGUGCAAUGCUGAGGUACUUAAAACAAGAGGGGAAAGACACCGCAGCACUGAUGGCUAGUGUGGAGGACCUGAUUAUCAAGACUGUGAUUUCUGCUGAGCUGGCCAUUGCCACAGCUUGUAAACAUUUUGUUUCACAUCGUGACACCUGCUUUGAGCUGUAUGGUUUUGAUGUCCUUAUUGAUGACACUCUCAAGCCCUGGCUGUUGGAAGUAAACCUAUCCCCAUCGUUGGCCUGUGAUGCUCCUUUGGAUCUGAAGAUCAAAGCUAGCAUGCUCUCAGAUAUGUUUACCCUUGUAGGCUUCGUCUGCCAGGAUCCAAGCCAACGCUCAAGCCGGGACAAUUGUUCAUCUGAAUCUGUCAGGAGAAAUCUGUAUCAGAAGCUGCAGCAUCCUGUGUCUAUGCAAUCGCAAACAACAAAUACUAAAUUGAUAAGUCGUACCCGUCCUCUGUCUGCCGGUGAUGCUGAAGUGAAAAACUCAAUGCCCUCAGGCAGGGAAAAUGUAACAGGAAGGCAAGGCACCUCUGUGCUAGGUCUCUCAAUGGAAGAGAUAAAAGUUCUUUGUCGAGUGAGAGAAGAGAAUGAACGGAGAGGAGGCUUCAUCCGGAUAUUCCCUACCCCAUUAACAUGGGGACUUUAUGGAUCCUUUUUACAGUACAAGACAUCAAUGAACUACAUGCUGGCUACACAUCUGUUUAAGGACAGGGGCAAGAUGAAAAGAGACUUCCCCACUGGGAGAUGCCGAGCAGGUCUCAAUGAAAAGCUGGAUAUGAGGCUUGAAGCUAUAGACUCUCAUGCUCUCUUUUAUGAGAGAAAGCUUGUUUCACUGGAGUUACGAAAGCGCCAGCGAUGCAAUGGCAAGUCUAAAGCAGCACAGACAGGAUCACCAGGAACAUCAGAACCAAUAAAGUUGUCCCUCAAGUCAGAUGCAGAAGGUGAGGAAGAAGAGGAGGUAGAUACAGAUGAAGAUGAGCUAGAUAGAACUGUUGGCUCUGUUUUGGACAGUGAGGUGAAAAGUAAGCCAAAGCUCUCUGACUUGGUGAGAACUGCUAGUAAGGAGAGGUUGCCGAAAAAGCUUGACAAGAAACCUGGAGAUGGAGGAGAUCUGUUUCCUCAGAAAACAAACAUUCAGAUCAACUUGCUGCAAACUCUUCAAAAGCAUGGAAACCUGAGCAAAGUGCAAGCUCGCAGGGCUUUCUCUGCCUAUCUACAGCAUGUUCAGUUGCGACUGAUGAAGGAGGCUGGUGACCAGAUCCAGAAUUCUGCCUGGACUGCCAAAGAAGAUGAGCAAAUGGAGCUUGUGGUACACUUCCUAAGGCGAGCUGCCAGCAAUCUUCAGCAGUCCUUGAAGAUGCUGCUCCCCAGACGUCAUUUAGGAAUAAAUGAUCGUCGUCGUAUCCUGGCUUACCAGCUGGGCAAGUUCAUAACCUGUUAUAACAAGGAAACAGAGCAGAUGGUUCAGAAGCAAUCAAAAAAGAAACAGGAAGAGGAGCAGGGAAUGAAUCCUGAACUUUUUCAGAACUUCAUUAGCAAGGCAAGUGAAAGUGACUUGGCGGAAGUGCUGACGUUUUACACACAGAAAAACAGGUCAACAAAUGUCUCCCUGAGAAAAAACUCCACAAGCAGAAAAUGCAGCAACACCAGUAAUGAGUCAGAGAAACAGCCUCCGGAGCAGCAUCCUGAGCUGGUGAAAAAAAUAAAAGGUGAUCAGUCCAAAAUUUCAGUUGCAGAACUGCCUGCAGAAAGAGCAUUAAAAGGCUGUAAACCCAAAGAAGGUAAAUCAACCUUUUCAGAAGAACCCAUCUUCUCCUUAAACCCUGAAGUGAAAUUACCUCGAUGUGGCCCUUCUAGUGCUUCUUCCUCUACUUAUGGUGCCACAUUCCAGACAAGUACCAGUUCCUGGACACGAUCUCAGCCUUCAGCCUCUGAAAAAUCCCAGGUACCUGGUCCAUUGCCAACUCCUCCAGCUGGUCCCAGGUUGAUUCAGGCCCCUUCCUCACUACCAUCCUUGCAGAGCACAGCUCCCGACAGCUCCUCUGUCUUCAUAAACCCAGUGUCCAGUGAGGCUUAUCUAUCUAGCCUUGCAGGAUCACAUUGUUGUCAUUCUGGUAGCUACACUGUUGGCUCAUUCUCAUCUUUUCAGACUGCUGCUCAGAUCUACAGCCAAAGAUUGUCCCGACCGUACUCUGCAAAAAUAGGUUUGUGCCAUUGCAGUUCAAGUGGACAGCAUGUGGGCUCAGCCAGGACACACAAAGAUGCAGAAGAGACUUCUUCCCAGGACAAUAGUAAUAACCCCGGUAUGGUAGCAGCAGAACUGCAGCAGGUGGCAGAAAAGCAGGUAGGCUGUCAGCAUUCCCCACCACACCACAUCAGUCUCCUUAUACAGCAGUUAACAAACCUGAACUUGGCAAGUGGAGCUAUAAGCAAGGGGAAUGCAGCCACCCCACAGAGCUACCAGUCAUCACUCAACAAAAGAGGGUCAUUGUUGGCUGUGCAGUCAGAUGCCCAUAGAGCUGACAAAAGGCCUGUCUCUUCAGCUGUCAGGGCUCCAGAGAAUCAUCGUUUUGCCUGGGAAGGAGAGAUGGAGGACAGUGUCUACAGCAAGGUGACAUGGAGUCCACUGGCACAUCGAACUUACCAUCUCAAUUUUGCUCUGCAACAACUUCAGGAGCUUAAACUUCAGUCACAACAGCUGUUGGAGCAAAGCCAGGCCCGGCACCAGACUCUCUUUGCCAACUACUCACAAUUCAGCACCAGCCAUAUACCUAUGCCAGCUGGCUCUGAUGCCCACAAGACAUCAAGUGCCACUUCUAGUAUCCAGAAAAUACCCAGUUUGCACAAAGUGAUGCCAUCCCAGAGUACGCCUUCUCAGCUGAUUCCAAAGCCUCCAGCAAACCACAGGCAGGCAGUGGUCGGAAAGGCUGCAGCCCAGAGGAUUUCCAGGGUGUCUUCCAUUGAAAGGCAGCUGAACCGAUUCCAGAACAGUGAUGCAUCCUGUGAGCCAGGGACAAAUUCCACAGCCUCUGCUCGAAGAGGAGGAUUAACACUGAACACCAGGAAAGAGUGAAGAGGAGGCCCUGGUGAGAGGACAACCCACAGAGGAGAGCAUCUGAACAUCUGUAGAAGACGAUGAUACAUCUGCAAGCUGAGGUGAAUGACUGCCUCUGAGAGCUUCCGCUGCCGAGUCGUGGGGUUCCCUUCCUCCCACUUCUU